CCCUUAUCUUCCUACUCUCCGGCCUCCGCACUUCCUCGAAGGGUACAGACGCAUCCGUCGCCGAUAAACUGAAUCCGGCCGGCCGAUAAUCGGAGCUAGUGACUUGCAUGACGAGCGCAUCGGAGCUAUUCUACAAUCGGAGAUCUCGAUUCGGACGGAGUUCGGAUCCUUUUGACGACGGGUCGGAUUUCGGCUCCCAACCGCACAUCGACCGGACCAAUCGCCGGCACCGCCACCUCAACGGUCCCGGAGGCAGCCACGCUCGCCGAGACCGGAUCGAUCUGGAGGGUUGCGAUCCGCUGCGGCGCGCGCAUCAUCACCCCAGGCAACCGCCGCUCCAUCGUCCUCCUCAUCCGGCUCAAGAACGUGAGUCGAUUCGACUUGAAGACAGUGUACAUCAACUUUCCUCUGGAAAUGUAAACUAUUCAGGGAGUCACAUUAAUGUCCAAGAUAGUUUGAGGGUGAGUGCUAAUGACAGGCUUCCUGGAGCUGUGCUUCUUGCUAGAGAAAGGCUAUUGCAAAGGUUAAGAGGUGUGACUCUCUCUAGUGCCAGGCGAAAUAACCGAAAUUCAUCCGGUACUAGCAGCAGCCGUCCAAAUUCCAAUCCAAUACGGGAGGAUUUCAGUCUCGUCGACUCUGCCGAAUGGGAAACGGAAAUAUCUCGAGAAUGGCUUUCCACAUUUGCCCCUUUACCCAAUUCCACUGGUCAACAAAAGAUCAAACGGCCACCGGGCCUCACUCAAAAGGCACUAAAUCGUUUAUGCAUUGAGAUAUUCUCUACUAACCAUGAAAAAAGCUAUAGGAAUAUUGGGGAAUGCAGCAUAUGCCUGGAGAGUUUUUCCGAGGGAGAAAAGCUGGUUCGUUUGCCGUGCGAGCACAGGUACCAUUUUCGUUGCUUGGAGCCGUGGGUAAGGACUUGUGGGGACUGCCCGUAUUGCCGUAGGGGUAUCGAUGUAAAUUCACAUGAUGGGGAGAAGAAUUUUGAAUGGCGUUGUGGUUUGGUUUCAGACAUAAAAAGUGCUGAGCGUGUAAUCAAUCACCUUUUACGGAUGGGUGAAAUCGCUUCGAAAAGUUUGUUGGGUACGAAAGCGAAUCAAAGGGAAGGGUAUUUCGACUCGAACCCCUACAUUUUCGGGCAAAGAAGAGAUUCGCCGAAAAGAUCCCCGGAUGGAUUGGAACAAAGAAUCUCGGAUAUAUCGCUUUUUUAG